AUGUAUCCUAAAGCCAAAAUCAUACGUACAGUACAUAACAGUAGUGAAAAAUGGUUUGAAAGUUUCAAGAACACAAUUGAACCUGUAGGCUUUGAUAUUUUUUAUUUUAUUUCCGUUUAUUCUAUUCGAAAUUUACGACUACAAUGUAUUCUUGCUGGGAAAUUGUUUAAAAAGAGUAUUACUGAAUAUGGUGAAAUCGAGCCUAGACUCUACGAUCUUUAUGAUGCUCAACGAAUAUAA